AUGAGCGCAUCUUCCAACAGAAACAACCCAGCAAGCCCUUCCGACGUUUUAAGCGGCUCAACAAGCCCGUGUCUUCCUAAGCAAGCGCUUGCUGCUCGCAGACAACGUUCGUCAUCGAUGAACUCGGUAGGGUCCAAUUUUUCUUCCAACCAGCGAAGCAUGUCCAUCAUCAGCUUGGAGCUGAGACGAAAUUCCAUCAUAUCUGUCGAUGAUAGCCUGCUUCGGCCCACGCGAAACAAUAGCACAGCCAGUCUUUCUUCACUAGCCCCUGUGACAUCGCCUAAUGACCCUGUGAAGGAUAACUUCACUCUUCCCACCAAAGUAGGCAAGUCGCGGGCGAAAACUUCCAGCGCUGUACUUUCUGAUGAGGAUUCGGAGUCAGAAAUCUUCAUCUCCCGCUUUCGAUGGCGCCGCCGCUCGAGCGAAAAGAACCCUCCGAAUUUCCUUUCCAACCUCAAACGUGACUUCAAGUUCAAGUACGAUAGAGUAUCAGAACCCCCAAAACCUUCUCCAAAGCUCUUGGACGACCCAGCUCCAUCUCCGUUAUCACUAAAUUCAGACCUCCCGCUGCCUCAACUUUCAAUGCAUCUACCUUCCACAAACAUUCAUAAUUCAUCUUCAUCACCUCAUACACUUCAUGUGUCUCUGUCAGCGCCGAAUAUUCCGUCUACUGCUUUCCCUCAGCCCUCAUCAUCUCCCUUGACUGCCUCGCACUCUCUUCUGACAGAAAUUGAGGCUGAUAUUCCUCCCGUCACCCAAGGGAAGAAGGUGCGUACAUCUUCCAUUUCCCAGUCCAUUUUCUUGAAACGCCGGCUUUUACUCUCGAAAGAUAUUCAACUAGAGCUCAUUGCAAAUCACGGCUCACCAAUGGUCUCUCCAACAUCUUUAAAUUCGGAUACUCGCUUCCCCAUAGGAUCUGGCUCCAAUGCUCAUUUACACAAUCCUCCUCAUGGUAAUACUACAACCUCGUCUACUGUUGCAUCUAUGUCUGCUUCUCCAAACGUGGAAGAAACUCCAGAGUUGGUUUCUUCUCCUCCGCACGUCCCAGCCUCCGACCAUUCGGUCAGGAGUCAGAAUAAACUCAUUUAUGAGUUGAACAGAAAGUGGAACAAAGCAGUUUUUGAUUCGUGCUCGCCAGAACGGCGGAAUCCGCUCGUACUGGGAGCAGGUUCGACCCGAAAAAGAUCCAGAUCAGCGCUGACAUCAAGCACCGAUUAA